AUGAACGUGAAACCUGAGGAUUGGGCUGCUCAAGUUCUGAAAGUCAGAGUUGUGUGUCAUACCGCUGGCAGAGUGCCAAACACAAGAGCCAGUGACAAUCACUGGUCGAUUUUUUUCAUCAUCGGGGAGAACAAAAGUGUUCAGUACAAUAUGACAGCUGAAGCUGGAUAUAUCGACGGCAACUUGGAAGUAACCUCCUACAGUUAUAUUGAGAGUCGCUCGACACUCCGAUACUGGGACUUCGAAGCCAUCAGCUUCUUCACGAUUAGCAUGUCUCAUAAUCUUCUGGUUACUCAGCGUCGCUUUGAUCAGUACGAUAUGUCUGGUGGUGGCUCUGGAUGCCGUUGGUGGGUUUACAAUGUUAUCUUGGUUCUAGCCAGUGUAGGAUGGAUUCGUCCCGAUGCUGCUGCAUCUCUCUGGCCCCAUCUUCUCUUCAAGUAUUUGUCACUCCAAGAUCGAACACCUCUUCCAAUGGUGCAGGGAACCGUUACCUUCACUGCAGCUCAUUAG